UCUCCUUCUGACGCAGCUACAUUACUUUGUAAUAGAUGAGAGAUAUGCAAUUGUGAGUCUGUGACACCUGGGUCACGGUCUCGUAGACAAUUUUCGUAUGAAAGAAAUUCUUUCUAGUAAUAUUACAAAGAUUAGAUGAGAAUUAUACAGUAUAUUUUGGAAUACAUUUAGUACAAAGAAAAAUGGUCAUCUACAAAACAUUUCGAAAUAAGUGGAAGUAAUUAUUUAUAUAACUAAGGCCAACAGAGUCGAAAAAAUAUGAUCUACAUUUAUCGCAACAUUGUUUUCGGUCAACUAUGUGGUCAUUAGAAUAUGUAAUUAAAAAAAAAGAAAUACGCAACAGGCAGCAUGUAUCAGAUGUUUUUAACUGGUCACUCAAAGAUGGACACCAGUAUCUAUUACCAGUGCACAACGGACUUUUCGAAGAAAAGGCAGUGUCAAGGGGCGCUGUAAGGUUCGGUUAAUUUCAGGACAUAU